AUUUGGAUCACUUUUAGGAUCACUUUUUUUCCUCCCAUUGCUUCUGGCCUCUCCAGGAAGCGCCUCGAAACGCUGCGCAUGCGCUAUACAUUAAACCUCACCUUUUCCGCCAAUAUGACUUUUGUAUCAACUUCCUAUUUCAAUCGCUGAAUGUGUUUAACCGACAUCGCUUUGUCAAAUGAGGGGCGGCCAUCCGUAUCUAGUACUUAUAGCGGCCGUUUCCACAGUCGUCUCUCCUCUCUGCUGUCACAAUGUGCUCUCGGAAGAGACUCGGACGCAGUUUAAUGGCUCUGCAGUUGAUUUCGACUCCUUCAGAGAGCAGUUCCACCGCACGUAUGCAGUCAACGGCGAGGAAUUUAACCGUCGUCGUCUGCACUUUCAGGAUGCUACAAAGCGGCACGCAUACCUGAACGCUUUCUCCACAGUACCACAGUCUGCCAAGUAUGGCGUUAACCGCUUCUCUGACCUCUCACAGCAGGAAUUCAGAGAUCUCUACCUGCGAGUGAGCGCAGACGGAGCUCCGCUCUUCUCUGGACUGAAGACAGAGGGUUUCCCAGACAAAUUUGACUGGAGGGACAAAGCAGUGGUGGCACCGGUCCAGAACCAGGAAGGAUGUGGGAGUUGUUGGGCGUUUAGUGUGGUUGGUGCCACACAGUCCGUCCAUGCUAUUGGAGGCUCGCAGCUGGAGCUGCUCAGUGUGCAGCAGGUUCUGGACUGCUCCUUUCGAAAUAAAGGCUGCAGUGGAGGCUCCACGGUCCAGGCCCUGAAAUGGUUAAAGCAAACCAGAGUGAAAUUGGUGCCUCAGUCAGAGUAUCCCUACAAGGCCAAGACGGGAAUCUGCCAUUUGUUCUCUCAGUCGCAUGGCGGUGUCGCUGUGAAGAACUUCACUGCACAUGACUUCAGUGGCCAAGAGGAGGCAAUGAUUGGUCAUCUGGUGGAGCGUGGUCCCUUGGCUGCUAUCGUGGAUGCUGUCAGCUGGCAGGAUUACCUGGGUGGAAUCAUCCAGCACCACUGCUCCAGCCAAUGGUCUAACCAUGCCGUCCUGCUUGUUGGAUACAACACUGUUGGGGAUAUUCCAUACUGGAUUGUGCAGAACUCUUGGGGAACCACGUGGGGGAAUGAGGGCUAUGUUUAUAUAAAGAUCGGUGGAAACCUUUGUGGUAUUGCUGAUUCUGUGGCAGCAGUUUUCCUUUGACAGGAUGGUGUGCAUCUCUGUCAUUGUUUGUGUGUGUGUGUGUGUGUGUGUG